AAAAUUCCAAUAUGUCAGUCGACCUGUCGGAAAGUACAGAAAAUGCCUUUGCAGUCGUUUUGUACAUAAAAUUUAAUAUUAGUUAUGUGAAUAUUAGUUAAAGAUGGAUCAAUAAUGCAAAAGUGGAAUUGUUUUAAUUUGUAUUAUUUACUUGAACUCAAUAAGUUACGUUUCCUUAUUUGAUUAAGUUAAAGAGGACGAAAAUAAUUUGUUAUUUAUUUAUUGUUUCGAGGGAAGCUAAACGGUGACUGCAACAGUAAUCGCUGGUGUUGUUAGGCGUGUUUCUACAGUUUUCCAUUUAUUUAGAAUAAGAUUUGUUGUAAUGUAAAUAAAAAAUAUUGUUUGCACGCGCAUGCGUUUCCAUCGAAAACAGACAAAGGUUUUGUGUGGUUCGUGAAUCAGCUGUGUGCGAUGGCUUAGUGAUACCAAAAGUGUGUGUUUGUAAGCGACAAUGUUUAGUGAAAUUGGAUACAUAAUUCUUCUGCUACUCGCCUUUCCUUACAUAGAAAGUGCUUCCCGGCGGCUCAGUGAAUACGUAGAGCACUAUGAGUCCCUCGAGUACGAUGCAGAAGCGGUUCACGCACAUCACAGACGAACGCGCCGGUCGGCCAACCCGCCGGACCUGCACAUCAACUUCCAUGCCCACCAGAGGCAUUUCAAAAUGCGUCUGCGGCGCGACUUGUCUGCCUUUAGUGAAGAUUUUAAGGUGGAGGGUUCCCAGGGUCAACUGCACGACGUUGACACAUCGCACAUAUAUCACGGAGAGUUGGUUGAUGAACCGCAGUCGACAGUUUUCGGCUCGGUGACGGACGGCGUGUUCGAGGGGAAGAUCGUGCUGAACGACGGCGCUUACUACGUGGAGCACGCGCGGCGCUACUUCCCGCCGAACGGGACGCGCUCGCGCGUGCACUCUGUCAUCUACCGCGAGGGCGACGUCGUGGACCCGUACGCGCACAGGAGGCACGGUCACGUAGGCGGCUGCGGAGUGACAGACGAGGUGGUGCAGUGGAUGGAGCGCAUACAGAACUCGGGCGUGGACGACGAGCCGCCGGUGUCGACGCCCUCGCACUCCUACCACACGCCCGUGUCGGCCAACCCUCAGCACCCCAACAGCUUGAGGGAUGAUUCAUCCAGGAACUGGGAUUUUCAUCAUUACAACAAAUAUUCGCGAGCCGCGAACACGGGCGAGCAUUCGCGCGCCCGACGAGCGGCGACCGACGAAAAGAUUAGAAAUAUGUGUUCACUGUACAUACAAACGGAUCCGCUAAUAUGGCGGCAUAUUAGGGAAGGAUUCCCGGAUCACCGAGAUCCUUAUAAAAAGACCGAGGUGGACGCCAAAACAAGGGAAGAGAUCCUGUCUCUCAUAUCUCACCACGUGACCGCAGUCAACUACAUAUACCGAUACACGAAAUUCGACGGCCGCAAGAAGGAGCACCGGAAUAUACAGUUUGAAGUUCAAAGGAUAAAGAUUGACGAUGACUCACUAUGCACGCCGCACGUGUUCGGCAGCGAGAGCAACCAGUUCUGCUUGGAAAACAUCGACGUGUCAAACUUCCUCAAUCUGCACUCGCUCGGCAACCACGAAGACUUCUGCCUGGCAUACGUGUUCACUUACAGGGACUUCACUGGAGGCACUCUAGGUCUAGCGUGGGUUGCGAGCGCCAGCGGCGCGUCGGGCGGCAUCUGUGAGAAGUACAAGACGUACACGGAGACAACGGGCGGCAUGUACCAGAGCACCAAGCGCUCACUCAACACCGGCAUCAUCACCUUCGUAAACUACAACAGCCGCGUGCCGCCCAAAGUGAGCCAGCUCACGCUCGCUCACGAGAUCGGACACAACUUUGGCUCGCCGCACGACUACCCAUCAGAAUGUCGUCCAGGAGGUCAAGAGGGCAACUACAUAAUGUUCGCGUCCGCGACGUCCGGCGACCGGCCCAACAACAGUCGCUUCUCGACGUGCUCCGUCGGCAACAUCAGCGCGGUGCUAGACGCGGUGCGCGACGGACGCAAGCGCGACUGUCUCAAGGAGAACGCCGGCGCCUUCUGCGGGAACAAGAUCGUUGAAGACGGCGAAGAGUGCGACUGUGGUUACAACGAAAAGGAAUGUAACGAUCGCUGCUGCUACCCGAGGCAACUGAGCAACUAUGAUGUCGAAAGAAACAGUACUGCAAAAGGCUGCCAAAGGAGAGCUCACACACAGUGCAGUCCGUCACAAGGCCCGUGCUGCAACGCGCAGACGUGCGAGUUCGUAUCGUCAGUGACCAACCAGACGUGCAGAGAGGCGACGGAGUGCAGCCACGCCUCGUUCUGUUCCGGCCGCUCCGCCGAGUGCCCCAACCCGCGCGCCAUGAACGACCACACCAAGUGCAACAACGGAACACAAUUAUGCAUCAAAGGCGAAUGCAGCGGCUCCAUCUGUCUCGCGUGGAAUAUGAAAGAGUGCUUCCUAUCGUCGUCGCCCACCAAGAUGGGUGACGGAGUGACGGCGGUGGUCAACCGCCGGGCGCUGUGUCAGCUCGCGUGUCAAACGGGGCCCGACCCCGAGUCCUGCAGGAGCACCGCUGACUUCGCACACCAAGUGGGCCUGCCGACCGGCGGCAUCAGCUUGAGGCCUGGGUCGCCGUGCGAUAACUUCCAGGGCUACUGCGAUGUGUUCCUAAAGUGCCGAGCGGUGGACGCGGAAGGGCCGCUGGUGAGGCUGAAGAACCUGCUGCUGAACCGCGCCACGCUGCAGACGGUGCAGGCGUGGGUCACGGAGCAGUGGUGGGCGGUGCUGCUGGGCGGCGUGGCGCUCAUCGUGUGCAUGGGCGCCUUCGUCAAGUGCUGCGCCGUGCACACGCCCUCCUCCAACCCCAAGAGACCGCCGGCGAGGCGACUGUCGGAGACGCUCCGGCGGCCCAUGAACACGCUGCGGCGCAUGCGCGGCGCGGCGGGCGAGGGCCGGCGCGCGGGCAGCGCGCAGCGGGCGCCGCGGCCCGGCCACCGGCGCGCGCGCCAGCACAAGGGGUACGCGCCGCCGCUCGCGUACGCCGCCCGGGACCACGCGUCAGCCCCGCCCGGGCCGAGCGGGCGGCGCGCGGAGCCGUACGCGAACGCGUACCCGCAGUCGUACGAGAUGCGGCCCGCGCAGAAGGUCUGACAGUACGAGCCGUGCGGCGCGGGGCAGCUCGAGCUGGUGGCGCUGGCGCCCGGCGUGCCGCUGCUGCUGGGGUACGUCUGCCGCGCGCCUGCCGCGCCCCCCGCGCCGUCCGCGCCCGACCGCACCGUCACCGUCGCCUCGCAGACCACCAUCACGCUGCACUCGCCCGACACGCUCGCCGUCACGCACCACCCGCCGCCCGACGCGCGCGGCGACUGAGCGCGUCACCGCGCGACGCGUGCGACGAGUUGACGCGUCACCGCCAACCGCGCGACGCCCGCGACUACCAAAGGUGAAGUAAGCGCGUCAGAACACCGGGCUGUGCUAUACGACCCUCUUUUGGGACGAUUUAGUACGCACACAAGACAAAGACCAAACGCAGUGUUCGUUCACUAGAUAUGUAUUAACGUUUUGCGACAGUGAGCUUUGUGGACUUUAAAUCGCACGCAGACCACCUAAUAAUUGAAAUUGUCAAACUUUUCAGGUUAGAUCGCCCGAAAGAGACGGGUUACCUUUACAACAAACUGUUAUAUACCAAAAGGCAUUUAUAAAAAAUCGGCUCAGAACCCUAAUAGUGAUACUAAUUCAUUCGAAAGUUUUGAGCGUCAAGUGAUAUUGUGGGCAAUAUAACUGGACAUUUCACAGUAUUGGAUAUCUAGCACUUAAGAUGUACUAUUAACGGUUGAUCUACACAUUUAUAAAUAUAAUGUUAUUUCUGAUAAGUUGGGUACCACAUCCGGUGGUUCUCGGAUGUCAACAUUUCCGUUCUCAUUAUCAAUAUUAUUAUCAGUUAUUACCGAUUUCAUACUAUGAAAUACCUAGGGUUUUUUUUAUCCAUAUCCGACGCAGCUAUACAGAGUUACAGUAUUAUUGGACCUUAUUUCUCGAAUCGUCAUAAUUAGAAGCACAUUAUUGUUUUUGAAUUGGAUAGACCAAAAUUGUAGUGGCUAGCAUUUCUUUGAUGCCAAGGCAUCAUAUUGUGUGACUAAAUAUGAGUAACUUCUACUUUACUCUUUAGAAAAAUUCUCAUCUUACGUAAAUUCAGUCUGACUAAAUAAAAGCAGUAAAUAUAGUUUACUGCUUUUCCACAUGUUUAGAACUUUUCCUUUACACUGAAUCAAUAUUGUAUUGUAACAUUCAUUGCACUCUUUGACAGCAGUCUUAUGUACCUAUAUCUUGGCAAAAAAGAGUAUAAAUUCAUAGUGACGUCACUAUCGCCAAUAUGGCAACACGAAUACGAGAAGCGUAAACGUAACAAUAACAACAUAACCUUCAAAGGCGACAGAAAACACUUAUCAAUCUUCAAAAACAUGUAAAUAUUGUGAAAUACUUCAGAGCUCAACAUUUAUAGUACUCUAAAAUAAAUACAAACUGUCAUCUCAGCCGUUCUUCGGUAAACAUUGUACAGUGUUGUCAGAGGGAAAAAAAGUUAGUUCCCUUUCUACACUUUCUUGCCAAGCUAUACCUACUGUGCAAGUCAUAGUGUGAACGGUAAAUAAUGCAGUUUAUCUGACUUAAUAUGUACUUUAUUACAAUCGUCGGCUCACUUUACUAUAUAUUUUAUCUACAAUUUAAGAAAAAAGAAAACAUUUUUUUUUGUUUUACUUACCACAUUUUCCAUGCAAGUCUCAGUUUAAUAAAUGAAUUGUUUCUUCAUUAGAUCUACAUUAGAGAACGCGGGAGCACUGUGAGAGUAAUAUAAUGUUUAUGAAUACGUAUUAAUCGUGUCGUAGUUGUAUCUACCAUAGUUCAAUAUUGCAGCAAUAAGGCAGCUCUUAGCGCAAGUUGCUCAAUGGAAAUUCCGAGUGCUUAGUACACAGAAAUCUAAAUAUAUGUAUGUAUUAAGGGUAGCUUAAUGUAUAAAUGCGAAUGGUCAUCACUAAAUCUCGAAAACAGCUUGACUCACGAAGAUGAAAUUUGGUAAAGACGUAGUUUACAGUUACUUGGUGUCUGCUAAGAACGGAUUUUGUGAUAGGGCCGGAUUAAAGAGGUUUAAGGGCGGACGAAGUCGCGGGUUAAAAGAUUUAAAAUUUCGCAGCUCUAUAAAUUUAUUGCAGCUUAUCCUUCUGAAAACUCUACUUUUAUUACAAGCUUUUAUUUUAAUUUUUUUACAGUAUUAUACCUAUAAUACUAAGUUAUUUUUAUCAUAAAAACAAAAAAAAAUUAUACAAAAACGAAAAACACAGCAAAUCACGUAAGUUACUAAAUUUUCCAAAAGAAGAGAGUAGGAGUACCUUUUACCUUUUUACUUUUAAAACUAUUUAUUAUAUAAAACGAACGAAGUGAGUUUUGUGAUACAGCUAUGUAGAGUAACGUAACGUAACGUAAACCGAGUUAUGUAUGUACCGUUUCAGACUCUAAUCUCGUAACAAUAAAUUUCGAAUUUUAAUUUUGGCGGCUUACUCGAAUAUUUUUUCAAAAAUGUUAUUUCAAUGAGAUUUGUUAAGGUACGUAUUUGUUGGUAUUAAUUUUAUUAAUUAACACUCUAUUCUCGAGGCUUUAUUAUGAAAAUUUCUUCAUUCUUUUUAAAAAUGCACUGGAGUUUUAAUAACCUCCAUUAUGCAACCGUUUCAUUAUUUUUACAAUUACAAUUUGCACGUGAAUAAUGUAUGUUGUUUUUAUUUCGUAAUUAAAUUUUAUGAUAUGAGGGUAGAUAAAAUAAUUUAUCUCAUUUAAUCUAUAUAUUUUAUAUACUGAUUGGAAUUUGCAUAAAUGCCAUGCAUAAUAAAUAAAAAUACAUUGAUAUUUAGAUUUCUGUGGCUGAGCCUAACCGUAUGGUGUUCUAUCAAAUUAGCGAUUAUUUUUAUACGAAUAGAAUAGGGCGCGAAGUUCCACCAGUAACGCUCGAAGGAACUCCGACCGGACAUUUAUGUAUAUUUUUGUAUAUAAAUGACGUCUGUGUAAAAGCUACAAUGUAAAAAUAUCAUGCAAAUAACUUACUGUAAAACGUACCGAUAUUAGUCUUUGUUCACACUGACUGCAUUUGUACUGCGAAUCAAUUGCAAAACUGUUGUUGACGUUCCGGCCUGUAGCCAUGUGGCAUGUCGAUUAAUUAUCUACAUCGAUGUUUCUACAAUCGCAAACGCUACGAAAAUUUAAAAAUCCAUGGGAAUGACAUUCGUUAUCGAUAGGUCACGUGAUCAAGUUGUUUUUUUUAGUUUUCGAAGCGUCAGCGUUUGUAGAAAGAACAUCGAUGUGCCACGUGGCUAAAGUCCACAUCGUUAACUGCAAGAAAAGUUAUAUUUGUACGGAACUUGUAAAUAAACGAAUAAUUGCAAAUUGUCUGUCAUUUGUCCUCUAUUGGCUUAAAUAGUUUUAGCUAGAAAAAUUAAGCCAAUAACAACAAUAAAGAAAACGCAUGUUCAGAACAAAUACUGGCUUUGUGUUGGUUUGGUUGAUUUGCAGUUCAAAUACAGUCUGUCUGUACACACAAUUAGAAUAAUGUAAUGUUAAAGCGUUAUUUUAUUGAAUCUCCGUAAUUGUAAUUUUUAUAUAAUGUUAUUUUAAUGUAAUAUUAUAUAACGUAAGAGGAAUGUUGAGGUGCCAUUUUACCAAUUUGUAUUCCAAUUUUUGUUACAACUACCUGUGUCUUUUAUAUAUAAUGUGAUUUCGCGAGUGAUUGAAAGAGAAAUGUAAACAAACCUGUGGGCUCAAGUUGUUGACUAAAUAGUUUUGUAAAGUUUUUUCUCAAUAUCAUUUGAAACUUCAAAGUUUAUUAUUAUGAAUGUUUGUCGACGUUUUUUCGUCGCUUUACAAUUAAUUAGUUACAAUUUGUAAUAAAUUUGCGCGUAGCCGUUAAGUGUUUACACGCUGGGGAAGUGAAACUUCUUUGGUUUAUUGUCAUUAACUCAUAUAGGUCGAGAGCCGGCAUAAAAAUAUAUAUCCUCAUCUGUUAUUUAAUUGAGAUAAAAAUAAAUGAUAGAAAAUAUUAACAAUGACACAUUGCAUAUUUACCUAGUUAAAUUGCGGCCAAACAGUAAUUAAGAAACAGCAAAAUCGUUAAUCGAAUAUACCCAAAAUAGUUGUAAAGGUUGCCUGCUUUUACACUGCAACUGUGGGGUUGCCAGAUAUAAACAGUUAAGUAAUGUAUUUAUAUACCCUCAUCAGUAAAGCUUAUUCUAUAUACUUAAUUUAACACUAUUGAGUUGCCUUUCAUAAAGUUCUUGGUUUCUUUGAUUUUGUAUAUAAAAUAUAUAUUAGUCAAUAUUUAACUAGGCAAUGUGUCACUGUGAAAAUUUUCAAUUAUUUAUUUCAUAGUACAAAUUAAUAAUAGAUGAGGGUAUAUAUUUCUAAUUCCGGAUCUUAGACCAAUAGUGAUGUUCGGAUGAGUCAAAUAAGGUAAAGUAUGUAAGGUAAACUAGAUUAAGAACUAGAACUAGAAUUGAUUUGAACUAAAUUUUCUUACAGCAACUAAAGAAGUCUCACUUCUAGAGAUAAAUUAAAGCUUAUAUUAAUUAGUCUUCCUUAUAACAACUAAACGUUAAUUGUUUAAUAUAAUUUUUAGGUAUAAAAUAUGAAAUUUGAACAGUAUUGCCAAAUGAUCAAAUGUUUCUAGACUGAAAAAAAUUUCUCAACAUUAUUGUAAUAAAAUUAAUUGCAUUUUUAAUUUAUUCCGCGCGGUGUGCGCUCGUUUGGCUCAAAUGUAAUUUGUUAAGUGUAUUAUUUGUCGAGGUAUUACAAUAAAAUUAGCAUAUCAGAUAUAACACUCACUAUUGCGUAUUAAACUAUCUGUUGUAUUAUUACAGUUGAAUUGAUCUCUAAGUAUUAUUUUUUUUUUCUUUUCUCAAAUAUAUUUCGUAGUGUAACAUUCGUCGUGCAAGCCAAAGAGCAUGAUGUAUUUUUUAUGAUUUCUAUACAUUAAUGUUAAGAGUCAAUCUUUUUAAGUAAUGUCACAGUGUUACAAUAUAUCUUUAAUAGUAUUGCAACACUUUUGACCUCGGAUGAAACCAUAGACUCGUGGUAAAAUUAACUAAAAUCUAAUUUUAAUUAAAAACGCGUGGAGAAUAUUGUCCUACGUAUUUGCUUGCGAUCAUGAUUCAGUAAUUUACCCAGUUACCCUAAUAUUAUGUCAGGAAUUGAUUGCCGACGAUGCUCUUCAUAUAUCGGCUAAGUUCAAUAUAUCAAUUUUUCAAUAUAUCGGAGUAUAUAAACAUUUUUGAAUAAAUAAAUACCAAACUUACGAAAACUCAAUAAAAUCUACGAGGACCUUUGUAUUUUUAAAUUAACAAAAGCUUCUAAGGUAAACUCCUACUCUAUGUCACUAAAGUUUGCUGAAUAGUCAUGCUAAGUUUUGAUUUAGUUUUAUCGUAACUAACAACAGUCGUCAUAAUUCAUAAUUUGUAAAUAAUGCUUUACAAUUCUGAAGUCUGAAAGAGUCCGAUCAAUUCCCUGCGUCUCCUCCACUAAAGUUGCACAACGUUUACGAUGUAUUGUAAAACUGUGAUAAUAGUUGAAUGCCAUUUUAACAGAGAUUUGAAUAGUUAGACACUCUCUCACCAUAGUCUUCAUUGAGGAAGUACGUUCACUACCCAACUGUAAGAUUGUACGAUGUUAGUUGCUUGCAACAAUGAACUGAUUAGUUCAUUGUUGCAAGCAUUUGAAGAUUAUUUUAUGUUUAAUAAAUGACCAAUCCCGAGUAAAUGGUCGAUAAGGAAUGCAUACGGAGUGGAAGGGAAUUUCUUGAAGAUAUACAAACCUUAUAGGCAUAGGUAUAGAUGUAAGAGGAACACAUUUUGAAAACGGCGGCUGGGUUCAACUCCCUGAAAAAGUCAGAUAGUCUAACAGUAAGUUUUGUCACUUCGUUACUUUAUGUCAAACAACAAAACUUGUGAAUAAACUAUCGGACACGUAUCAGAAGGUGGUGAAUUUCGCCUCGUAAAUUGCAAUCGAUGUUAUUCAGGCUAUGGGUGGGGACUCUCCGCCUUCCCAAUCGACCAAUAACAAUAGCUACACCAUGGUAUUGUUACACCAAGGACUUGAAUUUUCAGUGUGAGGGCAUGUCUGACUAUUGAAAUCUUUGCAUUUGAAUACAAAUGUCAACAAUACAAGGACCUGUACCCAUGUGGCACGUCGAUUCUUUUUCUACAAACGCUAACGCUUCGAACACUAAAAUAUGUAUGGGGAUGACAGAUCCGAUCGAUAGCUUGGUCACGUGACCUGUCGAUAGCAAAUGUCAUUCCCAUACAUUUAUUUAGUUUUCGUUAAAGCGUUAGCGUUUGUAGAAAGAGAAUCGACGUGCCGCAUGGCUCCAGGCCCUAAGUUCUUGUAAUAUAAAUAUUGUAUAUUUGUAUGUAAACCGCGAGGGUGAUGUUUCCGUUGUAGCGUGACUCGACCAAUCGUCUAUUUGAUGGUAAGUUGUAACCGUCGUGUAGUAAUCCAUGGCAUUAUGUCUUCUAAAUGUAAGCUAGUUUACCUACAAUAGAAUAUUUAAAUGACAAUGUGAAUAUUUUUAAUUAAAACAUGAAUGUUACAACAUGUGAUUUCAAAAUAACAAAAAAUACAAUAAAUUUUACAAUGAA